AUGCAAGAUAUGGCCCUGAGUCUGCUCAUCCUGCUGGCAGGCCUGCCUGUCCUGGGUGCCAACGACCCUGAAGAUAAAAACAGUCCUUUCUACUACGACUGGCACAGCCUCCGAGUGGGCGGACUCAUCUGUGCAGGGGUUCUGUGUGCUGUGGGCAUCAUUGUCCUCAUGAGUGGAAAAUGCAAAUGCAGAUUCAGCCAGAAGCCCAGUCACCGUCCAGUAGAUGUCCCACCCCUCAUCACACCAGGCUCUGCCAACAACUGCUGA